GGAACUUUUUAAAUUUUUUAGGUUCGGUAGGUUGAAAGGUUUGUCCUUUUACUAAUUAUAUCAAAUCUAGUUUAUCGCAUACAUUUCAAUUAAUCAUGUCGGAAAAGGAUCAAAAGGAAAAACCUCCCGAGUUGGUGUCGAAUUUGGAGCGGGAAUUGGCACAGAACGCCACAGCGGAAUUCAAAAAGAAAAACUACUCGUCGUGCCUUCAAAGCAUCAGCAAACUUGAAACCAGCCGACCAAACGAUUUUAAAGUUGUCCAUAAUAAGGCUGUGGCAGAAUAUUUUAAGAGUGGCCUGAAAAAGACUGAUCAGUUUGAGAGAAAUAUGCUGGAUAUAUGCAAUCAGUUUCAUAUAAAAGUUGAAAAGCUGGAAGAAAUCGACUAUUGCAUAGCACUAUUCAAUCAGGUUGUCGUUCUAUUCCACCAGAAACAGUACAAUGCAGCGCAAAAUAUGAUGGAUACGGUUUAUAAAUUUAUUGAACCGAUGGAGGAAAGUUUGGUGAAACAAGUGAGCCUGUUAGCCAUUGAGUUGCAGUUGUGCCUUAGAAGACCAGAAAAAGCACUGAGACUAAUCAGUUACCUUGAAAAUAAUUUAAUGUACGGCGGAAGUAUACCAUUGAAAAAACUUGAUAAACUUGGCGGAAAAGAGAAAAAGUUGCCUCUACCAAAACCCAAGCCCAUUUCUGAAGAUUUUCAAAAAAAACUGUCCAAGUAUAAAGUUAGAUGCUAUUUACUAAACCGUUCUUUAACCCUUGCAUCUAAGGAGCUUUCAGUUAUUUUCAAAGACAAAACAAAAAUCGAACUAGUAUUUUUAGCAGCUAAUGUGAAGUACCUUGAAGGCAAUAUAAAUGAAUCGUUAAAAAUUUUAUCAUCAAUACCAGAAGACACACUGAAUAAUUAUCAUGAAUAUGGAGAAUCUUUCAAAAUAAUGCUCAACAAUAAUAUGGGAAUUCUGCACCAUGCCCUAGGAAAACACCAUUUGGCUUGUCACUAUUUUCAGACGGCUCUUAAAGAGGAUAUAAGUAUAUGCCAGGCUAUGCAAAAACAAAAAAGCAAUGAAAAACCAUUAUAUACAUUAGGAGGCUCUAAAUAUCAUGAACUGAUGUACAAUCUUGGUAUAGCUUUGUUGUAUGCAGGCAGACCAGCACAAGCUUUCGAUGCUCUGAUUAUUUGUGUCAGACGUUAUCAUAGAAAUUCAAGAUUAUGGCUCAGGAUUGCUGAGUGUUGUAUUGCAGUGCAUAAAGAGAGCAACGAGGAGGAUUUUGAUUUACUAAAGAAACAGAAGGAACUUAUCUCGGAAGUGAUUGGGACUGGAGAGCAGCGAAUGAUUGUUUUAACCAGCAAUUUGUCCAAGGAUAAAAAGUAUAAUGCCGAAAGUCUAUCGUACGCCAUACCUGUUCCGACUCUCGAAUUUGCUUCUCUCUGUUUGCGCAACGCCAAACUGUUGAUUCCUACCGACAACGCUGCGGAAACCCUUCCGGAGCCGCUGUUUGUGCUGCCAGGACUUACGCCAUUGCCACCCCCGAGUCCCGGUUUGUCGCCGUCCAGCCCACCCGGUUCCCACGGGAUACAGACACUCAAAAACGGUAUUUUGGUAGCCUCAGCCUAUGUAUUUUUGUGUUUGGGCGACUUCGUAACGUCCCUAAAGCAUUCCAAGGAAUUAUUGGCUCAAGAACAAUUGUGUGGUGUUCAUAAACUUUUAGCCCACUUAUACGCCGCAGAAUGUUUGAUAUUAUCAGGCAACCUCAACGAGGCCUUAGAGCAUCUAGAUCCGGAAACAGUUGAUAAUAUAUCCUUUAAUAUUCCACCAUCGUCACCAGCAGAUUUGAAAACAAAUCCUCCACCAAAAUGGUUCCCAAACAACCUUGAGAGCGCUCAUAUGGUGUUGCGAUACAACCUAGCUGUUGCCAUGACGAUUCGAGGGCAGCUGGAUCAGGCAGGCCAAUUGCUGAAACAAAUCUGGCAACAGCGUACGGCCACGUGUCAGGUACCUGGGCACAUUAUAAUGCUGGUCAUCUAUAUCGAAUUACAAUUGGGGCACGCGGAAAUCGCCCGAAAUCUUUUGAGACAGUACGCUAUCCAUGGUCGAAUAUCCAGAUGAGCAACAGAAAGUAUUUUUCAAGUUUAUGUUUAUUCCUUUUCCAUUAUUUUUAUAUAAACAGUUUUAUUUAAUAUAAUUUUUGUUUUAUA